CGGCUUGUGACGACUCUCGGAGCUUUACAGCUUUCUCCUGGGUGACCGCUCCAAGUACUUAUACCGGCGCAUGGGAUUGGAGCUUCUUCUGACUUUGGAGUUUUGUUUUCCAGUCCCUUCCGGCCUGUCCAUUUCCCGCGAAGAAGCUCCGAGUCAUUCAGUUCACGAGCACCGAUUGAAGCACGAGAUACCGCGGGAGCUCCGUUCCACGCGUAGAAGUUCGGUUUCUUUCGUGAAGAAAGCCCAUAGUGCUCAAUCGCCAUGGCUGCGACAACAACAGAGAAGAAGAAGAAGCCGAGUGCUCUGCGGUCAAUCAUAGCGGGCGCAACAGCUGGAGCAGUGGAGAUUUCAAUAACAUACCCCGCCGAAUUCGCGAAGACCAGAUCCCAACUCAACCGAAGAUUACCAGACGGAAAGAAGCUCCCAUGGCCGCCAUUCGGCAAGCAAUGGUACGCUGGCUGCACAACGCUGAUAAUCGGGAACUCGCUGAAGGCUGGGAUACGAUUCGUCGCAUUCGACAUGUACAAAGCGCUCCUCAUGGACGCUGAAGGCAGAGUCUCGGGCCCCGCAACCGUAAUAGCAGGCUUCGGAGCCGGCGCCACUGAAUCACUCCUCGCCGUGACACCCUUCGAGAGCAUAAAGACGCAACUCAUCGACGACCGUAAAUCUGCAAAUCCCCGCAUGCGAGGCUUCCUCCACGGCUCGAAGAUAAUAGCGCGGGAGAAGGGCAUACGGGGUUUCUUCCAAGGCUUUGUUCCGACAACUGCGCGACAAGCUGCCAAUUCUGCGGUGCGCUUCUCCAGCUAUACCGCACUAAGGCAGAUGGCACAAUCGUAUGUAGCGCCCGGCGAGAAGCUCGGUGCUGUAAGCACUUUCGGACUAGGCGGGAUGGCGGGCAUAAUAACGGUAUACACCACGAUGCCCAUCGACACAAUUAAAACGCGGAUGCAGUCGAUAGAAGCACGGAGCCUCUACAAGAACAGCUUCCACUGCACCGCUAAGAUAUUCAAGGAAGAAGGUCUUCUUACGUUCUGGUCUGGUGCGCUCCCACGGCUGGGGCGGCUCAUUCUCAGCGGCGGUAUUGUGUUUACCAUGUACGAGAAAUCAAUGGAGUUCAUGGAGAAGAUGGAUCCGGAGGGUCGAUAUAUAUGAUGUCGGACUCUCGGUCCUCCGUACUCGUUGGCCGCUCACCAUUUUCGAGCCGAACCACUACGUUUUACGAGCCAAGCGGAGCUGAGGCAGGUUACCAAGGGAGCAUAAUCUAGGGUACGUGGUAUUGUAAGAUAUAUCGUAAAUCAUACAACAGGCUGGAAGAGAAGGAAAGGGGAUAUCCAACGCUAUAACCCCGGGCGAUCAAUAAGCAAAUACCCUGCAUAGUUCAUAUUUGCCUCCGAUCUUGAGGACUGCCUUGAUUAGAUACCGCCCGAUUCCAAAGGCUUUUUCCCACCACCAGCUAUCUAGCCCUGUACAGGCAUUCGUACCAACAGACU